UUUCGAGCAGCAAUAUUAGUCUGGGAGCUGUGAGUUGUGGUAGAACUCUUAGCGAUGCGCUUGUGAGAAAGCCUGCUGCACAACACCUCAACAUCUGGAGUGGAAAAGGGCUCAAGAAAACCUUUUGACCCUUGAUUCUCGAGAAGGAUUCCAAUGCAGAUCUCUUCGGGCCAAGAUGGCAUCCAAAGAUUGCUUGCUGCCGAGCAGGACGCUCAAGCCAUUGUCACAGCGGCACGGAAAGCGAAAGCUGACAGGCUGAAGCAGGCCAAGCAGGAAGCUGAGCGUGAGAUCAAGGCCUACAAGGCCCAGCGUGAGGAGCAGUAUCAAAAGCGCAUUUCCGAUGACUCGACAAGCUCUGGUGCAAAUGUGAAGCGGUUGGAGUCAGAAUCUGCGGCUACUGUGAAGACUAUUGAGAAGAGCAUUGCAAGCAAGAAGAAGGAGGUUGUGGAGACCUUGCUGGAGUAUGUCACCAAGGUCAGCUUCCCCAAGAAGUGAGGAAGCUUAAGGCGCGUAAGUUAAGGCUAGCUGUCUGAAUAGUGAGCCUCAAGGGCUUGGGACAGCCGGUGCAUGUCUUCACUAGGGAUUCCUUACAUUCCUGGGAUGCCAGUGACAACUGGAAGGCCAUUGUUGGACGCCGAGGGGUGCUCCCUGAGUCCGUGCCGUCCAGAUUAUGACAUUUAUAUGGGCUGACAUCACGUUAUACGUAUAUGGUCAUGAGUGAUAUCACAGGCAAAUAUGGCAGGAAUCGCUGCACAUAGUCGUGCAGAGAAAUGAGCAGUGACAUCAGUACUGUUUGCUGAGUUCCAUUGGAGGUCCUGCUCGUCAUCAGUGGCCACUUUAAGUGUGACAUCGACACAGCCCCACUAUUGAAGUAAAAUUUAAUCGAGUACUCUCCAUAC